AUGGGAAAAGAUCAAUUAGAUUUUAGCCACUUUGAUAAGGCCUUUGAAAAUAAGUAUGAUAUAGUUGCUCCCGAAUUCGGUGAUUUACACCAAAAGAGAGCUGAAUUUAUUGCCAAAAACUAAGGUACUUAUAGACCAGUCCCUCUUGUUCCUAAUAAUAUUAAGGGUCUCAUUCCUAAGACUUGCAGAUUACCUGCUACUAGAAACUGGUACAGAAGAACUUCUUCUUUUGAAAGAAACGGUUUCUUCAACAUUCAUACCCCUGUCUUGAAUACUAAGAUGAUUCCUUGGCUCCUUUUCAUAGUCCUCACUUGGGGUUGGAGCUCUUUCCAAAUUGGUGGUUACAACUACGAAAGAUUCGACGAUAAUGGUGAACGUAGAAAUACCCUUUACUGGAAGCUCUCACCUGUCGAAUUCCCUCAAUCUAAGUUAUGGAACAGACCUUCUUGA